AUGGCGCCCGAAGCGAAAGUAGCGAAAAAAGACCCGAGGGCCUGGGAUGCGCUGACUCCUCCACUCGCGGCGUGGAUUUUGGAUGCGAUCGCAGCUAUGGGAUUUGCGAAAAUGACACCAGCGCAGGCUGCCGUCAUUCCUCUCUUUCUGACAAACAAAGAUGUGGUCGUCGAAGCCGUGACAGGCAGUGGAAAGACUCUUGCUUUCCUAAUCCCGAUUAUCUCUAAGAUCCUCGCCCUUGACGAACCGACGAAAAAACAUCAUGUUGCAGCCGUCAUCAUAUCGCCGACCCGCGAGCUAGCCACUCAAAUACACAAUGUCCUGACCGCGCUCCUCGCCUUUCACCCAAUAUCGUCCGAAAUACUCCCGCAUCUCUCCAACGACGACGGCGAUGGAAAGCGGCCCGCGACAACAGAACCGGCGGUCGUCCCACAGCUGCUUGUAGGCGGGAAUAUGACGCCCGCUCAAGAUCUGAGUUUCUACCUUCGGCAUUCGCCCAACGUGCUUGUCGGGACCCCAGGGCGCCUUGUCGAAAUGCUCAGCUCUCGGCACGUUCACUGUCCGCAAUCAUCCUUUGAAGUACUGGUCCUCGACGAGGCAGACCGCCUGCUCGACUUAGGGUUCAAGCAAGACUUGCAAUCAAUAUUGUCGCAUCUGCCGAAACAGAGGAGAACGGGUCUCUUCAGCGCUAGUGUGAGCGAAGCUGUUGGAGAAAUCAUUCGGGUCGGUCUACGGAAUCCCGUCAAAGUGGCCGUAAGAGUCAAAAGCAUAAAAACUGGUGGCAUCGUGGAAGACAGGCGAACACCAGCGAGUUUACAAAUGAGCUACCUGGUAAUGAAGGCGAGCGCGAGGCUUCCAGCGCUUGGGCAGCUGCUGGAGCGUUUGGAACCCCGGCCUCAGAAGACCAUUAUUUUCUUGUCGACCUGCGCCGCGGUCGAUUACUUUCAAAACUUGCUGCCAAGUGUACUACCAGAUGGGUUUGCGCUUAUUCCCUUACACGGGAAGCACCAGGAUCAAGUGAGACGCAAGAACCUCGAAAAGUACUUGAAGUCAACUCAACCUACGGUUCUUUUAUGUACAGAUUUGGCCGCACGCGGUCUCGACAUCCCGCAAUUGGAUCUUGUCGUCCAGAUUGAUCCACCCUCGGAUCCAUCAAACUUUCUCCAUCGGGCUGGACGUGCUGGAAGGGCAGGUCGAAAGGGCCUAGCGGUCGUCUUCCUCCAGCCAGGCAAGGAAGAGGAGUAUGUCCCGUUCUUGGAAAUAAGGAAAACGCCUAUCUCGCCUCUCACCCAUCCGGAAAUCACAAUUAGCGACUCAGAAGCAGAUGCAGUGACCGAGCGAUUUAGAGAUAUAGUGCGUCAAGAUCGUGCUCUCCACGACAAAGCUCAGAAGGCCUUCGUAUCUUUCGUGCGGGCGUACGGGAAGCACACGGCCAGCUCCAUCUUCCGCGUCGCGGACCUCGACUGGGCUGACCUCGGGCGCUCGUUCGGCAUGUUUCGUCUCCCGAAAAUGCCCGAGCUCAAGAACUGGCCGGGCGACAAGAAGCUGGGCGCGGAGAUGGACUGGGACACCUACGCAUACCAGGACAAGACGCGCGAGAAGCAACGUCUCGAGGCGCUCCACAAUCCCGACCCCAACUUUGCCGACAAAGUGGAAGCAGAACGGGCGAAGCGGAAGCGCAACACCGAGGCUUGGAGCGGCAAGCAUGAGAAGGAGGACGAUAGGGUUGUGAGGCGCGAGAAGAGGCGGAAGAAGAAGGAUGUCGAACGGUGGGAGAAAAUGACGGAUGAGGAGAAGGUUAAGCAGCGCGAAUUAGAGGAUCUGCUUGCUGAGGUCAGGAGGAGGAAUGUUGAAAAGCUUGCUCAAGAGGCGGCGGGUGGCGAUGAUGAAUUUAAUGGGUUUGAUUAG